AUGAGUAAUUUUUUCUUCAGGACUAGAUCUACUUUAGCAUUUGCACCAAAAUAUUUAGUUUCUUAUUAUAUACUAUUUUUCAUAUAUAUGGAAGGCACAAGUUUUGCAUUUUAUUAUCAUUUUGUAAAUAUUUUAUGGCUCCUUAGUAUUGCAACUGUUCUUGGUUUUUUGCAUUUUUAUGAAAUACCAGCUAUACAAGAGUGGAAUGAAGCUUCAUUCUAUACUCCAAAAAUAUCUAGACCAAGAACCCUUUAUUUUCCGCUUACUCAACUAGAAUGGAAGGUGGAUAUUCCUUAAAUAUGGACUAUGUUUUAUCCUUUACAUGGUAGAAAAUUUUUCAAUGUUGAAAAUUUGGCAUUAGUUGACGAUAAUUAAGAUCUAUUAAAUAAUUAUUUAUAAUAGAAUGCUGCUAAUUAGUGA